AUGCCUCCCCCACACUAUGAUUUCCUCAUCAAGCUGCUCUUGAUUGGCGACUCAGGUGUUGGGAAGUCCUGUCUUUUGCUCCGCUUCUGCGACGAUGCGUGGACGCCAUCGUUCAUCACCACAAUCGGCAUUGACUUCAAGAUCCGUACAAUCGAGUUAGAUGGAAAGCGUAUCAAGCUUCAAAUUUGGGACACUGCUGGCCAGGAGCGGUUUAGAACUAUAACGACUGCGUACUACCGUGGAGCAAUGGGCAUCCUUCUUGUGUACGACGUCACAGAUGAACGAUCAUACAAUAGUAUCCGCACUUGGCAUGCUAACAUCGAACAACAUGCCUCAGAGGGUGUCAACAAGAUACUCAUCGGUAAUAAGUCAGAUUGGACAGACAAGCGAGCCGUAACAGAAACCCAGGGACGUGAACUUGCUGAGGAACUUGGCAUGAAGUUUAUGGAGACAUCUGCCAAGGCGAAUGACGGUGUAGAAGAGGCCUUCUUCACCCUUGCAAGAGAUUGCAAGACUCGGCUCAUCGACUCGCAAGCAGACUCAGCUGUCUCGGUUGGGGGUGCUUCCAACGCAGAUGGGUCAGUGAAAGUCAACCAACCUGCGGCUUCAGCGUCAAUCGGUUGCUGCUCAUAA